CAGUCGCCAUUCCGCCAUCACUGAAGCGGCACGGCGUUGAUCGCGCAAUGAUAAGUGAUAAAUAAAUAAUUGUUACUAUGGCAGCCGGUUUCGUCGGCUCCACGAAGAGUUUUCCUUUUUCAUUCGACGUUGAUGUGGAUGAGGACGACGUGGGACGCAGUACGCCACAUCUAAACAAGCGAAUAGGUAGCGAGAGCCCAACCAGCGCUGUCGGGGCGGAGGCGCCGCGAGAGCUCCCGAACGAGCUCUCAGCGCCCUAUGAGGUUCCGCAGUUCCCCAUCGAACAGAUUGAGAAGAAGUUACUCAUACAGAGACAACUUAAUGUCAAGGCAGCAGAAUGCGGGCAGUCUGCGCGCUCGUUCGCAGGCAGCGAAGCGGGGGGUGCCGCUGCUGUGUUCGAGGAGGCUGCACGGCUCCGGGACGAUGACGAUAUGGACGUCAUCCUGCCGCACUUCCAGCGGGUCGCUAUAAGCGGGGAGGAUACUUCUGGGGUCCCACUAGAGGAUCUCCAACAAGCAUCCUCUUACCUGGUACAAGCGCUAGAGAUCCGCAAGCGUUACAUGGAGAUGUCCAGCCAGAGCUUCUGCAGCAUCACGGCGCGGUUCCUGCGCUCCAUCGACCCGGACGGCGCGGCCAACCACACGCCAAGUGUCAAGGUGCCACAGCGGCAUAUAGCUGACCACAUAGUACACCCACCGUUCAAGCACGGCCGGGACCCAUGGGAGUGUCCCAUGCCCGAACCAAAGGGCUACCACAUCAAACCACACGAAGGCGUGUACAACCUGUACCGGGACGAAGCGUGCACGGACCGGGUACCGUACGAGUACAUCACGUUAUCACAGUACAUACAGGACAAGAAUACUAUGUGUACGAUGAUCGCUGAUGGACCACUGAAAUCCUUCUGCUACCGUCGUCUGAGCUACCUCUCAUCUAAGUUCCAGUUACACGUGCUACUCAAUGAGUUGAGAGAAUUGGCUUCACAGAAGGCGGUGCCACAUCGUGACUUUUAUAAUAUACGGAAAGUUGACACUCACAUUCACGCAGCAUCGUGUAUGAACCAGAAACACUUGCUGCGUUUCAUCAAGAAGACUUUGAAGAACCACGCCGAUGAAGUGGUAACACUACACAAGGGAACUCCAAUGACAUUAAAGGCAGUGUUCCAGUCCAUGAACCUCAGUACUUAUGAUCUUACUGUUGACAUGCUGGAUGUACAUGCGGACCGUAACACAUUCCAUCGCUUCGACAAGUUCAACGCCAAGUACAACCCCAUCGGUGAGAGCAGACUGCGUGAGGUUUUCCUCAAGACAGAUAAUUAUAUGAACGGGAAGUACUUCGCUAGGAUCAUAAAGGAAGUAGCAUCAGAUCUAGAGGAGAGCAAGUACCAGAACGCUGAAUUACGUUUGUCAAUCUACGGCAAGAGCCCCAGCGAGUGGGCCAAGUUGGCCAAGUGGGCCAUCCAGUACGACGUGUACUCGAACAACGUGCGCUGGCUCAUACAGAUCCCGCGCUUGUAUGAUAUCUUCAAGUCGAACAAGAUAAUGAACAACUUCCAAGAGUUCCUCAGCAACAUCUUCCAGCCGCUGUUCGAGGUCACCAACGACCCGAACAGCAAUCUGGAGUUGCACAAAUUCCUUACUCACGUGGUGGGGUUCGACAGCGUGGACGACGAGUCGAAGCCGGAGAACCCGAUGCUGGACGCGGAGGUGCGGCCCCCAGCUCGUUGGGACGACGACGAGAACCCGCCCUAUGCGUACUAUCUCUACUAUAUGUACUCCAAUAUCACCGUGCUCAAUCAUUUCCGCAAAGAGCAAGGUCUAAACACAUUUGUACUCCGACCGCAUUGUGGCGAGGCGGGUCCUGUACAGCAUUUAGUAUGCGGCUUCAUGCUCGCUGAGAACAUUUCCCACGGCCUAUUGCUUAGAAAGGUGCCCGUACUCCAGUACCUAUACUACCUAGCGCAGAUCUACAUCGCAAUGUCGCCGCUCAGCAACAACUCGCUGUUCCUGAACUACCACCGCAACCCGCUGCCGGAGUUCCUUGCGAGAGGACUGUGCAUCACGCUCAGUACUGAUGACCCGCUGCAGUUCCACUUUACCAAGGAACCUCUAAUGGAGGAAUACAGCAUUGCAGCUCAAGUGUGGAAGCUGAGCUCAUGUGACAUGUGCGAGUUGGCUCGCAACUCUGUGCUCAUGUCUGGUUUCCCACAUGAGAUGAAACAGUACUGGUUAGGUCCAAACUACACGAAGGAGGGCGUCGCCGGAAAUGACAUCACGCGCACAAACGUACCGGAUAUCCGCGUGUCCUUCCGCUAUGAGACCAUACUUGACGAACUUACCAACAUAUUCAAGGAAGGAAUGUCGACCCGUCAUUAGACCACAUGCAGUACUGUGGAUACAACGUGCUAAAAUAUAAAAUUAUAUAUAAAUAAUAAUCGUGCUAUAUGUAUUGUUGCUUGGGUAACGUUGCCCCAAUGUGUAUCGAGUAAGAUUUCCCCCAAUGUGAUAAUUAGGUGAGGCUAUAUAUUUAAUCGAAUGGAUUACAUUAACUUUCGUCAUUAUUAACCUUUUAAUCUGUAACAUUUUUAAUGGUUGUUUAUUUGUUUUUUUAUACUUUUCGAUCGAUAGCUUGUAAGACUAAUAUUUUUUUUUAAUAAAAGUAAAAUCAAGAUUUUUCUACAUUAUACUUUUGGCGAUAAUUUUAAUAGUUAUUACGUUUGUAUGAGUUAUUUUUGCACAUGUAGUUUUUAUAUUCUUCUGUUUUUACACUUAAAGACUUCCUGUUAAUAACAAAGUGCCUCCAGAGACGAAUAAUUUAGUCAUAAGAAUCCAAGCAUCAAAUAGAUUUAUCUUGGCCUUUUAUAUAUCAAAUAUAACAUUUGUAUUUAGUGUAGUUUUACAGUAAUAGGCUCAACAAAUUGUUUAUAAUCAAUUUGAUAUUCAAAACCUCUGUAUCGAUAAUAAAUGAUCCCUUUAAUGUUAAUAAAUGUUAGUGUUUUUGUUGUUAUUUGCUUGGGUUGAUGUUGCAUUAAAACACCGGGAAUACAUAAUUCGUCAUGUUUUUAAAAUUGGAUAAAAAUUGGACACCUCAAAAUUCUCAAAAAGUGAGAUAUUUCGAAGCUCGAUUAAAACCGUAACCUAAUCAACAAAUACAGUAAAUUUUGUAUUCCCGGUACACUUGGUGUGAAAAGUGUUUUGCAUUUUUUACCAUGUUUAUUUAUACAACGUAUACUUACUAUUUAUAACCAUGACCCUUUUUUCAAAAUAAUCACAAAAUAUGAACUACACAACGAACUUAAUCAUUUCAAGAUAUUACAAUUGAAAAAAAAUAUUACAUCUUGUGUGACAGAGAUGCACGAUAUUCUUGUAUAGCUCUUUCUCUGUCUUAUAAAGUUAAAAUGUCUACAAACGGUAACUAGAUUUUCUCUCUUUUGCAUUUUAAUUUAAAUAUCACAUGUACUUAUUCUCCUUGCAAUGUAUAAACGAUUUGUUAUAGAUUAUACAAUUUAUAUUAUAAUAUGAAAGUGAAUGUUAUCAUGUUGUUGGAAAUAAAGCUGCUCAUACGGAAA